AUGGCUGCUCCUAAUGGGCCUGGUUUUUGCAAGCCUGAAGAUGUAUUAGUGGAUACCAUGAGGCCUAUCCACCUCAUUGAAUGGAUGGAUGUCAUCUCUGUACUAGAGUUCAAGUAUCGCGACACCAAGGCUCUCAUGGAGGAUGCAAUGAAUUACAUGUUAGAGAUUGCACAAUUCAUUUUGACAAAUCAGAUUGAUCGGCAGUACUUUGUGGGUCUGCUCAUGUUGGGUACUAAUAUCUUUGUGUACAUAUACACCCAUGGAGGAUUGUCCAUAACCACUCCAAUCAACAUGUAUCACGACAUUAAUGAUUUCAUUAAUUGUAUGGUGUGGUUCAAGCAUGCCGACUUGGAGCUCCUCAGUUAUGACAAUUCUAUUAUAAGAAAUAGCCACGGCUUUAGGAUGGCCUUGCACAGAGAUACUAAAUUAGUGCACGGGGCAAUGACCAAUAUCGUGUCGGUGAUCUAUAAUAGCAAUUCGACCUUUGGUCGUUCUACCAGAAUCCUGGGCCUUACCUACCAAUGCACUCCUGCUGAUACAGACAACUUGAUCAUAAAGGAUGUGUGGUAG